AACAACUUGAAGAAUUUUACUAUUAACAAUGAAGAUCAUGAAAUCACUUGCCCUGUUUAUCUUGCUUCUCACUGUCUUUGCUUCACAAACUGUGGUGCAGACAGAGGCAAGAGUGUGUGAAUCACAGAGCCAUGGAUACAAAGGUCCAUGUUCUGGUGACCACAACUGUGCACUUGUUUGCUGGAAUGAAGGUUUCUCUGGCGGAAGAUGCAGAGGAUUUCGCCAUCGUUGCUUUUGCACCAAGCUUUGUUAAAAACAUCAAUGGCUUUGAACCUUUGAUGUAAUAUUGUACUACUAGCUUGCUUGAUUGCAUAAUUUAAGCUUUUAUUUUCUUUAAAAGCUUGAGAAGCAAAUUAAAUAAAAUUUAUCUAGUUGUCUUGUCA